AUAAAAUCCUCUCGCAAUAUUGAUGGCUUUUCUUGAUAUAUUUUCUGAAUUUGUGGAGACCCUACAGAAAUCCCUCAAAGUUUUCUCUAGAAAAAAUGGUAAGUUAGUACGUUCCGUUAUACUGAUUUUCCUCCUCCUUAUCUCGAUCCUCUUGGUGGCAAACAUUUUCUCCGUCAAACCCUAUCUCGCCGACUUUGUCUUUAAGCUUAGCACCAUACUGCUCUCACCAAGCAGCGUCGAUUUUGCGAACCUCCUCAUCCCAAUCAAGUAUGAUCUCCGAAUCAUCGCCACAAUCGAGUGGAUUAACGCGGUCGCUAGCAGCACCACCUCCUUACUCUUUGCGACCGCCACGAUCUUGUCAUCGUCUGCUGCACACAGAGGAAAGGAUUUGCAUCUCAGGCAUUUAGUUUCAUGCGUCGUGAAAUUAUGGAAAAGGCCUUUUGUAACAUUUUUUUACACUACCCUUUUGGAUCUCGGCUACGUUUUGUUUGUCUUAACCUUUGUCGCCCCUUUUGUGCUGAUCUUUGAACAUGAACUGACCAUGCACUUUGUCCUUCCCAUAUUAAUACUCAUUCCCAUUGCACUUUUGUACUUCUACUUGGCUGUCGUUUGGACUCUUGCUAUUGUCGUUUCGGUACUCGAAGAGAAAAGUGGAAUUGAGGCACUUGGGAAGGCCGGACAGAUUGUCAGGGGCCUAAAACUGAAAGGAUUUUUGUUGAAGCUUUUCUUUGGGGCUUUAUAUUGUGCUUUGUUGAUCCUUUUGAGGAUGACAAAUGAGAGACAAUCAGUGGGAACAAAGUUGUGUGUUUUCUUGCUCUUUGUCAAUUCCAUAUGCUUUCUUAAGAUGUUCUCGUUGAUUGCGUACACGGUUUUCUACCACGAGUGCAUGAAGAUGCAUGGAGAAGAGGUUUCUGAAAUCCAAGGUAGCAUGGAAUAUACCGAAACAGGAAGCACAGAUACACCACUUAUCACUGCAAAGAAUAUAGCUUGA